CACGACCAAGCCCAUUAUAAAGCCGUGGAAUCCGACAGGCGCCGGUGGUAUCAGUGAUAAAUGCGAGUUUGUGGGGGAGAAGGCAGCAGAGGAUUAAGGAACGUCACAGGAUUUCUAGAGGAGUGAGACUUACAGGAGUCUGGAGGAAGGAUUGUUCUACCAGCACGGGACCAGGAUGGCGGCGGCAGCGGUUUGGACCCAACUUCUGCGAUCCAAGAACCUCAUCCUGGUCAUCUCCAUCCCCCUGCUGCUGCUCCCGCUCCCCCUGCUGCACCCCAGUAGUGAAUCUUCCUGCGCCUACGUCCUCAUAGUGACUGCCGUGUACUGGGUGUCGGAGGCCGUUCCUCUUGGAGCUGCUGCAUUGGUCCCAGCGUUCCUCUUCCCACUUUUUGGGGUGCUGAAGUCUAGUGAGGUGGCUGCAGAAUAUGUCAAGAACACAACAAUUUUGCUUAUGGGGGUGAUAUGUCUGGCAGCUUCAGUGGAGAAAUGGAAUCUACAUAAGAGAAUAGCUCUAAGGAUGGUCAUGGUGUCUGGAGCGAAGCCAGGAAUGCUCUUGAUGUGCUUCAUGUGCUGCACUGCCCUGCUCUCCAUGUGGCUCUCCAAUACCUCCUCCACUGCCAUGGUGAUGCCCAUCGUUGAUGCAGUUCUGCAGCAGCUGACAAGAGCUGAUGAGGAGCAUGAGGGGGCAGUGGUCAGUGGUUCUACCGCCACCGAUAACGCUCAGCAGAAAGGUGGAAAGGAGAAGCAGAACCAGCCUUCAAUUGAACUCAUCUUCAUCAAUGAAGAGGCCACAGCAAAGGACCUCAGCAAACUGAUACAAAGCAAGCAGAAUCUCAAUGGCGUUCACAUGAUUGCCAACCCUAUGAAAUUUGUGAAGCCCCCGACUAAUGGCCAGUCCCUUCCUCAGACCCAGAUUCUGGUUCUUCCAUCUACUGAGUCUAAGGAUCCAAAGGAACCAGGAAAAUACAGAUCUAAACAUGACCACAUGAUCUGCAAAUGCCUGUCACUAAGCGUCUCCUAUGCUGCGACUAUCGGUGGCCUCACCACAAUUAUUGGGACCUCCACCAGCCUCAUCUUUCUAGAGCAUUUCAAGAAUCGGUACCCCGAUGCUGAGGUGGUGAACUUCGGCACCUGGUUUGUGUUUAGUUUGCCCAUCACAGUCAUCGUCCUGUUCCUUACCUGGGUUUGGCUCCAUUGGUUGUUUCUUGGCUGCAAUUUUAGAGAAACCUGCUCCCUCAGUAAGAAUAAGAAGACCAGACAGGAAGAGUUGUCAGAGCAGCGUAUUCAGGAGGAAUAUGAGAAGUUGGGGAAAAUGAGUUACCCAGAAAAGGUCACCGUCUUCUUCUUCAUCCUGAUGACCCUUCUCUGGUUUACCCGGGAACCUGGGUUUGUUCCCGGCUGGGAAUCUCUAUUUGAAAAGAAGGGUUACAGGACAGAUGCUACGGUGUCAGUGUUCCUGGGAUUCCUGCUGUUUCUGAUACCAUCAAAGAGACCCAAAUUUACCUGUUUUGGAAAAGGGGAGUCAGAACAGAGUAAGAAUAAGGAAGAAGAUGAACCAGACCUAGGAGGCCCCAUGCUGACUUGGCAAGAAUUCCAGAAACAUAUGCCCUGGGAGAUUGUGGUCCUGGUGGGAGGGGGUUACGCCCUUGCUGCUGGAUGUAAGACCUCCGGCCUCUCCACCUGGAUUGGCCGUCAGAUGGAGUGUCUAAGUAGCCUCCCUUCCUGGGCCGUCAGCCUCCUGGCUUGUAUCCUGGUCUCUGCGGUGACAGAAUUCGUCAGUAACCCGGCGACCAUCACCAUAUUCUUGCCAAUCUUAUGCAGCCUGUCUGAAGCUCUCCACAUUAACCCCUUGUACACCCUGAUCCCGGUCGCCAUGUGCAUCUCAUUUGCUGUGAUGUUACCGGUGGGGAACCCGCCCAACGCCAUUGUAUAUAACUAUGGACACUGCAAGAUCAAAGAUAUGGUGAAGGCCGGUCUAGGAGUGAAUGUCAUCGGCCUGGGCAUCAUCAUGGUCGCCAUCAACACGUGGGGCAUCAGCCUCUUCCAGCUCAACACAUUUCCGGACUGGGCAAUGAUUCAGAACUCGACUCAGCACCUGUGAGAACAGGCUAAAACCUAAAGGGGCACCCUGAAGGUGUCAUAAGGAGGGUGAGGGCCGGAACGUGGCCACAGGAGACCAAGCUGUACACCAAAGGACCACGCUUAGUAUCACUUUAUUACUUGAAUUUAAAGGGGCAGUACACUCUUUGGAGCCCCCCUCUUCCUAUAGGCCCUCAGUAAUGGGGCUGUUGAUCGGGACCAUCGUACAUUUACUAACGAAUUUUGAUUUUGGGGGUCCCAGCAGAAGGGCCCCUCCUAUAAGGUACCCCUCAUCCCUACAUUAUCAGACCCCAGACCUGACCCCCCCUACAUUAUCAGACCCCAGAACUGCCCCCCCCUACAUUAUCAGACCCCAGACCUGA